UAUUAGGAAAAGAAAAAUGUUACAAAAUAAAGAUAACGAUUUAAUAAAAGAAUCAGAGACUACAGAUGUCCAUCGAGUUAAAUGUAAAGAUAAAAUUCGAAGUAAGAAAAAAAUAUCUCAAGAUGUAGACAGCGAUGUAAUAGAAAGAUCAGAGAAUGAAGAUGUCUAUAAAGUUAAGCAUAGAGAUAAAGAUACUCAGAAGAGAAAGGAAAUGUCGGAAGAUGAAAAUCUUGAUUUAAUGGAAGAAUCAGAAAAUGAAAAUACCCAUAAAGUUAAAUAUAAACAUGUUAGGAAGAAGAUAAAAAUACCGCAAAAUUCGGAUAGCGAUUCAAUGAAAGAAUUGGAUAAUAAAGAUGCCUAUCAAAUUAAAUGCAAAAAUAAAGAUAUAUGCAGUGGAAUAAGGAUAUUACAAAAUGGAGAUAACAAUUUAAUGAAAGAAUCAGAGACUACAGAUGUCCUUCGAGUUAAACGUAAAGAUAAAAAUAUUCGAAGUAAGAAAAAAGUAUCUCAAGAUGUAGACAGCGAUGUAAUAGAAAGAUUAGAGAAUGAAGAUGUCUAUAAAGUUAAACAUAGAGAUAAAGAUACUCAGAAGAGAAAGAAAAUGUCGGAAGAUGAAAAUCUUGAUUUAACGAAAGAAUCAGAAAAUGAAAAUACCCAUAAAAUAGCGAUUUAA